AUGAAUAAUGCUUCGAACCAUGUCCCUGCAAUGAUUGAUCCCAUAAUUAUAAAAAGAGAAAACACACUCUCUUUGGGCUAUCUUAAAGAGCAAGGUCAAACGAAAACACAUCGUUGGGCAAUUCCAGCGAUCAACGAAGCUUUACUACAUGUUUGGCGCCUUCAUUGGAACCUAAUCAAGCACUUGAGAUCGAACGACAACAAGAAUGGAGGAGAGGGUGUGUCCUCUUUCCUGCACCACCGCAUCCCAGGAGCGAAGGACAUCAAGACGAUCAACUCAGCCGAAGGAAGAUCCCUCUAUACGAAUGGAAGGCCCCAGAAAAAUGUUCAAGACAAUAGAGUACCUUUGAUGGAGACGGACGAUAGACACCUUUGCUAUGCGCCAGAACUACCAGGUAAAUGCUUUUUGAAGUUGAUUACGAGAUCCAGGAGCAGCAGCUACAGAUUCAUUCAUUCAAGUUUGGCCAAAAAAGGCACUAUAUUUUCACCCGCUCUGGAAGUUGAUUCUGAAAACAAUAUGGGUUUUCAAGGAACAAAACAGUACUAUACCGCUGUGGACACCACAGUAUUGGUAUCCUUUGAUCUUACAUAUGGUGCACUUGCCGCUAAAUAUAGUGCGCAUGAGCAAGUAUUUGUCGUUGGCCGCUGGGAAGUUAUCCAGCAUGACCAUGUAGAUUUGAGCAUCGACUUGGGCAUCUCUUCCUUUCUGAGCUAA